CUCAAAAACUGACUAAUAAAACCUUUUUGUUUAAAGAUUACAAAAUCACGCGACUUGACUCGAGUUAGUUCAGUGUGUGAGCAAAAUGGCCGAAAAACACUGCUUGAAGCAUUUUCUGAUCACCUUUAUGAUAUGUCUCCCUAUAAUUUUUGGAGGCGUUGAAGCCAACUGCCCUUCGAAAGGUAUAGUUUGUACCAGCGAUACUACCUACAAAACAUGCUGGUGGGUACUGUUCAUACCAUUCUAUGGUGACGAGGUGACUUGUUCAGAUUAUACAGUGUGUGACGAAACCGAAGGAACAGACAAUUGUGUCUCGUCUACUACUACGACUGAGAGUACUUCUAGUACGAGUACUACUGCUAGUACAACUACUACUGCCUCAACAACCACUACAGCCACAACUACCACAACUCCAACCACCACAACUGUAACUACAACUACACAAGACCCAUAUAGCUGUGGUUCAAAAGCUAUACAUUGUUAUGAUGAUACAACUUACGUAACUUGUAUAAACUGGUUUGGAAGUAUCCAGUUUAUCGGAAACAACAGGACUUGCAGCGAUGGCACAGUGUGCGAUGAAGAUGAAGGAUCUGACAACUGUGUAACUGAAACUACAACUACGAGUACAACAACUACAACUACAUCAACUACAACUGCUUCUACAACUACCUCUACAACCACUGAGAGUACUACCACAGAAGCAACGACUAGUACUACAGUAGAGACUACAACUGCAGCAUCAGAAGAAAGAGCAUGGUGGUGCUAUAUUUUAUUCUUUAUAUGUUAGAAAAUGUAAAUCAAUAAAAUAAUAUACGU